GUAAAUGAUAAGAGUCUUAUAUUACACUUCCUAUAGUUCUUUGUUCAUUGAUAUUGUCAAUUAUAUCAAAUCAAAUCUAAUAUAAUAUGGAAUGUAAAAAAGCUGUUGUUAAAAAUGCUGAUAUGUCAGAUGAUAUGCAACAAUGUGCCGUUGAUAUAGCUGCUCAAGCAAUGAUUGAAUAUAAUAUUGAAAAAGAUAUUGCAGCUUAUAUUAAAAAACAUUUUGAUAAAAAUUAUGGUCCAACAUGGCAUUGUGUUGUUGGUAAAAAUUUUGGAAGUUACGUAACACAUGAAACCAAUAAUUUUAUUUAUUUCUAUCUACAAAAUGUUGCCGUACAAUUAUUUAAAUCAGGAUAAAUAAUCAAUUACACAAUUUAUAUAAUUCAAUGCACAUAUUCACUUGUUUUCAAUGAGUAGAACUACAACAACAGCAGCAACAACAACAAUAAAAUAAAGAAAAAAGAAAAAGAAGAAAAAGAAAACAAAAGACAGUUUUAAUUCAUUCUGUAUACAUUAAUAUUGUUAAAUAAAUCAUUCAUAAAUUUGUU